UAUUUUCAUUUUUCUUCUUUUCUCUUUAACCUCUGCUCGGUUUUUUUAAUGGAUUUUCUUCAUUGGCACUCGUGACAUUAAAGAAAUAACUUAUAGCUAGACGGAUUUAUUCAUAGGAUAUAGCAUCUGUACUCACUUUUUUCUUACACGCAAGUGCAACAGUUGUCACAGCCACCAUCAUGGCGACACCUACACUUCUGCCUUCAGACAUUGCUUCGUCUAGACCUGUUCUCCAAGAUGAUGCAGUGACAAUUCCAGCCCCGACGCAUGCGGAGUUCAUUGCGCACUUUGGAGACGCAUUCCCAGCGCCGGUCUAUUUACAAUCUGAGUAUGGGCAGACCGCGGUGUACGUCUUAUCACCAGUGGAUAAAUCCUACCGUAGCCACUCACGCUGUCCAAUCUUGCUGGUUCACGGCCUCAACACACCGGCUUUGGGCAUGCUCCCUCUUGCCCACAGGAUACAGUCCUUUGACCCCACUGCUGAAAUUGUCCUCUUUGAUCUGUGGGGCCACGGGCUAUCCUCGACACCGCUCAGCCCUCAUACGCCUUUCCUCUUUCACUUUCAGAUAUUGCAAGUGCUGAGCUAUAUGAACUGGACAUCCGCGCAUAUUGUAGGCUACUCCUUCGGCGGUUCGACUGUGGCAAGCUUUGCCUCCGUUGCUCCUUGGGCCCUGCUUUCCGUAACACUUCUAGCUCCGGUAGGCUUACUUAGCAAGGAGUCAUUCAACACUGAGCUACAAGAUCUAUUAGAGCAGCCCGCCGGGAGGGAGAACCAAUUGAUGGAAGCUGUGCUCUCUUGGCUUGAAGGCGGUCCGCUGGUCGUGCCCGACGACUGGUGGCACAGAACGCGGCAGGGCGAAGUUGUGCCUGAGGCAUUCAGAGGGUGGGAGCUGCGCCAACACCGCGGAUAUACAUACAGUGUAUUGAGCAUGUUCCAGUACGGCGGUUUGACUGGGCGGGAGGAGACGUUUCGCAAGCUUGCGAAUCUGCCGGUGAAGAAGAUGGUGAUACUGGCAGAGUUGGAUCAGGUAUGUAGCAAAGAGCUGCUGGAUUCGGUUGGCAUCCUUGACGUCGUCGUUCUCGCUCAUGCCGAUCAUGGGUUUGUUCGCAGUAAAGCGGAGGAAAUCGCGAGCAUCCUGAACAAAUUCUGGCUGGCUAAGCAUACUCUGGGCGAGAAUCUACAGUGCUAGAAUGAUUGCGAACUUGGACAAAUUCCAUUAGCUUUGAAGCUGCGAUUUCAGUAGUUCAGAAAUGUUUUUUUCC